AUGGCCAGUCCCAAUUCGCCUCCGCCAAACAGUCGCGACGACUUCGAAAUCGCAAUCAUUUGUGCUUUAGCCGUUGAAUACGAUGCCGUCGCCCUUUUGAUUGACAAAUUCUGGGAUGAAGACGGUGAUCAGUAUGGUAGAGCUAUUGGCGAUCAAAACACAUAUACCACUGGGCGAAUGGGCAGCUUCAGCAUCGUGCUGGUGCUUCUUCCUGAUGCAGGUAAAGUCAGCGCAGCAAGCGCAGCAUCCAGCUUUCGAUCGAGCUUUCCAAGAAUUACCCUCGCUUUGUUGGUGGGAAUUUGUGGAGGGGUGCCUUACACGAAGGACAAUGAAGAGAUUCUUCUGGGAGAUGUUGUAAUCAGCAAGACUGUCAUCCAAUAUGACCUUGGAAGACAACAUCAUGAAAGAUUUCUCACCAAGGAAACACUCGAAGACAAAUUAGGGAGACCGUGCGCAAAUAUUCGCAGCAUCCUUGCCGUUAUGGAAACAAACCAGGGGCGAGAACGCCUGGAGAAUCGCGCUGCUGUACUAUUAGAACAGCUGCAACGUCAUGCCAGCCAAAAGAAAACGCGAAGGCCGGUGAAGUACGAGUAUCCUGGCAUACUCAAAGAUCGACUCUUUGAAUCGAGCUAUGUCCACAAGCACCAAGUCUUGCUGCCAUAUCGUUGCUGCGAGGAAGUACCAUGUGAUCACUCUCACGCGCUCUCUUGCGAUGAUCUUGGCUGUGAAAAUGAACAUCUCGUUCAACGUCAGCGGCUCAACGAUCAGACUCACAAUCUUUCCAUUUUCAUCGGUCGCUUUGGCUCAGGUGAUACCACGCUGAAAUCUGGAAUAUAUCGUGACCAAGUCGCUCACCGCCAUGGACUCCUGGCAUUCGAAAUGGAGGGCGCAGGCAUCUGGGACGAGCUUCCAUGUAUCAUCGUCAAAGGCAUAUCCAACUAUGCCGAUGGUCACUGGAAUGCAGACUCAGGUUGGCAGUGUUUUGCCGCCGCCACGGCCGCUGCAACAGCAAGGGCAUUGAUUGAGCGGUAUCCCAAGACAGAUAGGUCUCAUCCUCCAUUGGCCAUCGAAGAACGCAGACGAAGAACUGAAAAACGCAGAGAAAGAACUGAAGAGGAGGACAAGUGUCUGAGGGACAUGCAUGUAACUGAUCCUACUCUUGACAAGAAAAGAAUUGAAGACACCAACGGAGGUCUCUUGAAAGAUUCGUAUGUUUGGAUUCUCUCAAAUGCCGAGUUUACCCAAUGGCGCAAUAAUCCUGAUGGUGGACUCUUGUGGAUCAAAGGGGACCCUGGCAAAGGCAAGACGAUGCUCAUGUGCGGUCUCAUCGAUGAACUAAAGGCGGACGGCGUAACGCGGCCGAGCUACUUCUUUUGCCAGGCAACCAAUGCCCAGCUAAACAGCGCCACCAAAGUCCUAUGUAGCCUGGCCUACUCUAUUGCCUGCGAAGACGAACUGGCUCUCGCGUAUGUUAUGGAGAAGUAUGAACACGCAGGCAAAGAAUUGUUCAAUAACACCAAUUCCUGGACAGCUAUGUCACAUAUUUUGGCACACAUUCUACAAAACUCAAGUUUAAAAGACAAGGUCUUCGUUGUUGAUGGUCUUGAUGAGUGUGUGGUUGAUCGUUCGAAUCUUCUUGAUUUCAUUGCCCAAGCGCCAGGAAUAUCAGAUGCAAAAUGGAUUGUCUCAAGUCGAAACUGGCCUGAUAUUGAGGAGAAGCUAAACACAGGCUCCAAAAAAUUGCUGUUGUCUCUCGAGCUAAACGAACAGUCAAUUUCCGAUGCCGUUCGCGUUUACAUUGAACAUAAAGUCCAUCAACUGGCCAUACUCAAAAAGCUAGAUCAGAAAUCUCGCAACCUUGUUCAAAGUCAUUUGCUGGCUAAUGCUAAUGGCACCUUUUUAUGGGUUGCCUUGAUUUAUAAAGAGCUUUUUAAAGGGGGUGUGAAGAAACGGCAUUUGCAAGAUCUGAUGGCUGCUUUCCCCCCUGAGCUUAGACCGCUAUACGCGCGUAUGAUGGAGCAAGUGUGUGAGUCGCGCGAUAGACAAAUAUGUCUAGAAUUGUUAGGGCUGAUGUCGCUUACUUAUCGACCAAUUUCAUUGUUGGAGUUGACUUCGUUCGUUCAAAUGCCCGCAAAUGACGAUGGCAUUGAAGAACUGAGAGACAUCGUUGCUACGUGCGGGUCCUUUCUUGUUUUGAAGGAUGACGUGGUUUACUUCGUACACCAAUCGGCCAAAGAGUUUCUGCUCGAUAACGCAUCUGACGAGAUCUUCGACUCCGGAAAAGCUCGAAAACACCACGACAUCUUUUCAAAAUCAAUACGGAUCCUUUCACAAACUCUUCGACGAGACAUAUAUGGGCUCCGCCAUCCCGGGGCUCAACCUUCUGUAUCCAGUGUACCCAAUCCGGAUCCGCUAGGACCUCUAAAAUAUGCUUGUUUAUUUUGGGUUGAUCACCUUCGAGAUUCUAUAGUCGACUCUUCUGGCAAGACUAUCUCGCAAGCCAGCCUAGAAGAUGAUGGGAUGGUUCAUUUCUUUCUCAAAACCUUUUUAUUUUAUUGGCUAGAAGCACUUUGUCUAAUGGGCAAGCUGACGGAGGGUAUUAUCGCUAUAAAAAUGCUGGAAGCAUUGGUACGUCAGCCAAUCUUCACAGCACAAGACCUUGGUCUGCUACACACGUUUAUGAGAGAUGCUCGUCAGCUUGUGUUGUCCUUCAGGCCAGCAAUUGAAUUUACUCCUCUGCAAUUAUACUUUUCGGUUCUUCUUUUUGCUCCUACAUCUAGCAUAGUACGACAAGCUUUCGAACCAAACCAGGCGAAAUGGAUCUCACACAAGCCUAGCGUGCGAUUUGGAUGGGAUGCACGUUUGCAAAUAUUAGAAGGCCAUCAAAGCGACAUUACUUCACUGGCGUAUUCGCCAGAUAAUCUGAGACUAGCGUCCUAUGAUAUCAGCAAUAAUCUUAGGGUGUGGGAUCGGGCCACAGGGGCUUGCUUGCAGUCACUUGAGUUCGAAGGUACCUGGGGUUGUACGAGCAUGGUGUUUUCGCCUGACAGCAGUCAAUUGGCAUUAUCUUUCGACUUGUGCAUCAGAAUCUUGGAUCCAACAAGUGGCACCUGUAUAAAGACGCUCAAUAAUGGUCGGUAUUAUGGGUCAAUGACAUAUUCGCCCAAUGGCAUGCAGUUAAUUUUGUCAAAUCAACUUUGGGAGGAGGACGACUUUCGAAUAUGGGAUCUUACGACAGAGAUGCAGCUUCAAACGGAAGAUUACUACCAAGACGUCCGAGAACCAGCUGUCUUCCACCACGAUGCACAAAACGUAGAUGAGGACGAGGACGAGACAUCAGACGAAGACGAGAUAUCAGACGAGGACGAGACAUCAGACGAAGACGAGGCAUCAGACGAGGACGCAAUUACAGUAGUUCGAAGUCCAAUAACGGGUUCCCGCGUCCAGAUAGUUAGCGAACAUCGCCUUGUGGAUGUAGAGUUUACAUUAGAUGGCAUGCUAUUCGCGCUCAGAAUGAAGGCUCGAAAAAGGCGAAUCAGAAAAUCUGGGCCAAUCUACAUCGUGGAAGCCGCAACUGGUAGAUGUCUGCAGAAACUCACGGACUGCAGUUGGCUUAGUGAACAGUGUGCUUUUUCACUGGAUGGUUCACACCUGGCGGCGGUUUAUGCGUCGCAAAAUCUUGGCAUUUGGGACGUAAAAACAGGCGCUUGUCUCAUGGACUUUCCGAACGCGAUAAGUGUUGAAGCUUGCGUAGCCUUUUCUCCUGACGGCACGGACGUGGCCUUUGUUGCAGAUUCCUCUACUAUCAUGAUCUGGGAUCUUACUCUGGCCUCUUCCGUGGACCCUGUAAAACAAGAAGAGGUCCAUUCAGUCAUAUUUUCACCGGAUAGCACACGCCUUGCACUCAUAACAAAUUAUUUUGUGAUAACAUAUCCUUUUACUAUUGAAAUUUGGGAUCCUGUAGCAGGAACAUGUCAGCAGCAGCUCCAUGUCGGUAGUUCAACUCGGGACAAAGUUUAUUACGCCCCGCCGCAGUUGGCAUUUUCUCCGGACAGCACGCAAUUAGCAUAUUCGAGAUGGAAUGAAAUUACAAUUCGGGACUUGGCCGCAAAUCCACAUCAUAACAGGUGUGAAUUCGAAGUUUCCAGCGACGCAAAGUCAAUUAUAUUUUCUCCCAACGGCAGUCGACUGGCGGUGGCGGAGGAUAAGCCUCACUCGCAAAGGAUUAGAUCCGAAAUUCCCAGCAUCGCAACUCCGAAAAUUGAAAUCAGGGACGCGAUUAACGGCGCAAUUGUUUACACAUUCUAUUUUGCAACGGCGAUAAAGAAUAUCCAAUUCUCGUCGGACGGCAAGCGUUUGGGGUCAUUGUCAGAAAAGGGCAUCGCAGCGAUAUGGGAUCUGAAUACGGGCGCAUGCCUACAGACUUUCGAUUCCAAUUUGGUAUGGACAUUAAGCGUGGGCAAUGACGCCUGGCAUAUAUACAGAUAUGCACCUCACGUCCAAGUUCAAUGUUUUCUCACCAACAUGUUGCAGAAUCCAGAUUCAAUACCUGGUAUUACUGAAGAGUUUGGUAAUAGUCCAAACAUGCAGUGGCUUGUGCGACGAGGAGAGCCUUUUCUCUGGCUCCCUAUGGAAUAUCGAUCCGUGGAUGUUACUUUUGCGGGAGGAAACAUUGCUAUUGUUCUUUCUAAUAAAACACUUGCUUUAAUUUCUCUUAGCCUUGCUGAAUUGGACGCCGAGAUGGCAUCUAACAGGUCAUCAAUAGUCAAAGACUAG